AUGAGAAUGUACGCAAAUCGAUUAUACGCGCUCAUGAGUUUAAUACUCGUGAUAGUGAUCCUAAUACCGGUAGCGGAACAUGCAUCGGAUACAUACAAGCAGCGGAACAUACAUGGAUCGGAUGUAUUUCAAUAUGGUCAAAAGGGACAAUCUAGGGAUCAAUCUCGAGAUCAAUCUCGAGAUCAAUCUAUGACAGAAAUGCAUCAAUACUGUGGACGAAUUUUGUCAAGUACUUUACAGAUAAUAUGCGGUAGUGUUUACAAUAGCCGAUUUAAAAAAAGCAAUCAAGAGAUGGAGAUGGAUGAUUAUAUGGCCUAUAGUUACGAUCUGCAUCCUUAUAAGUCUAUCAAGAAUGCGAAAAAAAUGAUUAGAUUUCGAAGAAAUGGACGAGGAAUUCACGAGGAAUGUUGUUUAAAAUCUUGUACGACCGAGGAGCUGCGCUCCUAUUGCGGUGCUCGUUAA